UCAGCACACCUUCUGCCCUACGCUGUUGUAGUGCUGGUUCUUCGAGGAUCUGGGGCGUGGAGCGCUUCCCUCGCGGCGGCAUUGCGUCGCGCUUGGAAAUAUGGAGCGGGGAGCGCGGAUUUGAGGUCUUUGAUGGCGCAUCUGAGCUAGGUUAGAGUCGCGCGUCCAGGAUCUGGCAGCGGGCGCUACAGCGGUCGCCAAUUCCUGGCUCAACGUGGAUGGAAUCCAAUGCAACUCCAGGGAUUGUUUCGUCGCGGUGAGAGGCGGCAUAGCGGCGUGUAUGGCAGCAACGGAUUGAAGAGCGCUGGGGAGGCUGCGGGUGGGGCGACAAUGCAUUUCUCCAAGCUGGAGGACUCUCCAAUGUUUCGGAAACAGAUCCAAGCAUUGGAGGAGAGCGCCGAAGCAUUGAGGGAGCGAUGCCAGAAAUUUUUCAAAGGCUCGCGCAAGUAUACUGAAGGACUCGGUGAAGCGUACGAUGGAGAUAUCGCUUUUGCCAGUGCUUUGGAAACAUUUGGUGGCGGGCAUGAUGAUCCCAUUAGCGUCGCUGUUGGAGGUCCGGUUAUGACGAAGUUUACCAUUGCCCUGCGAGAGAUUGGAACGUACAAAGAAGUUUUACGAUCACAAGUGGAGCAUAUGUUGAAUGAUCGGCUCGUGCAAUUCGCGAGCAUCGAUCUGCAAGAUGUCAAGGAUGUCAGAAAACGUUUUGACAAAGCAAGCCUUCACUAUGAUCAGGUCCGGGAAAAGUUCCUGUCAUUAAGAAAGGACGCUAAAUCAGAUGUUGUGGCUGAUGCGGAAGAGGAUUUACGGACUGCCCGGACUUUGUUUGAGCAAGCUCGGUUUAAUUUGGUUACAGCACUGUCGAACAUUGAGGCCAAAAAGAAGUUUGAGUUCCUAGAAGCCGUCAGUGGCUCAAUGGAUGCACAUCUUCGAUACUUCAAGCAGGGGUAUGAACUCCUCCAUCAAAUGGAGCCUUACAUCCAUCAGGUGUUGACCUAUGCACAACAAUCAAGGGAGAGAGCAAACUAUGAACAAGCAGCGCUUGCAGAUAGAAUGCAGGAGUAUCGAAGACAGAUGGAACGCGAGACUCAAAAUGCUUCCAGCGAGCAUGAUGUUAUAAGCGCUGCUGACGGAAUUCAGGCCAUUGGAAGGAGCUCCCACAAGUACAUCGAGGCAGUUAUGCAAUCCGCAUCACGGGGAAAGGUUCAACCUAUAAAGCAAGGCUACCUACUUAAGCGUUCUUCAAAUUUGCGUGGAGACUGGAAAAGGCGUUUCUUUGUUCUGGAUAGCCGUGGAAUGCUGUACUAUUACCGUAAACAAUGGGGCAAGCCCACUGUAAGAACUUCUAAUGACGAUAAAACCAUUGCUCAUCAUACAGUAAAUUUAUUGACAUCAACUAUUAAGAUGGACGCUGAGCAGAGCGAUCUACGGUUUUGCUUUCGAAUAAUAUCACCUUCGAAGAGUUACACGCUACAGGCUGAAAAUGGCAUGGAUCGAAUGGAUUGGAUGGAUAAAAUCACUGGAGUGAUUGCCUCUCUCUUGAAUUCCCAGGUCACGGAACAGCCUAGAAGUCCAUUGAACAACUUCCAUCAGCGGUCGCCCAGUGAAAGCAGCUCCGUGAGUGCUUCCUCCGACUUCGAGCAUUCUAUCGGGGACGAUAUCAAGUUUUCCAGACGUGACCGCAUGUACCAUAACCUUGAGCUACAAGAACGGCCUCUAGACAUAUUGCGACGGGUUUCUGGGAACGAGUUUUGUGCGGACUGUGGGGCUGCUGACCCCGAUUGGGCUUCCUUGAACUUGGGAAUACUUAUUUGUAUCGAGUGCUCUGGUGUACACCGAAAUCUCGGCGUGCAUUUGUCAAAGGUGCGUUCCCUGACACUUGAUGUCCGGGUGUGGGAGCCAUCAGUAAUUGGAUUGUUUCAAUCUAUUGGAAACGCCUUCGCCAAUUCAAUGUGGGAAGAACAGCUUCCAAAGUGGGAAGGGGAACGUAGCCGGAACAACAAAAAUGCCUUGACUGCGGGUUCUGCAACUGAGAGAACCGAUAUGAAGGUGAAGCCGGAUGCGAGGGAUCCUUUGGCUGUCAAGGAGAAGUUCAUCUUUGCGAAGUACGUGGAGAAGCGUUUUGUCGUAAAGAUGAAGCUGGAUCCUCGUGGUCCCAGCGUUGCUCGCCGAAUCUGGGAUGCAGUUCAAGCCAACAACAAGCAGUCAAUCGUUCGUCUGCUUAUCAACGGAGACGCUGAUGCAAACACCACGUACGAACUCGCGUUUGAAACAACCGCUGGAAAACAAACAGUCAAAGGGGGGCCGAGUCCGAGUCCGAGCAGCAGCCUGGAUUCACUCAGACUGUCGGAGGCGGCACCGAGCUCCAUUUCGGGAAAAGCUGGAGCUCUCACACUCAGCAGUGACUCUGGAGUCGAAAAUCUUCGAGGCCAGACACUACUCCAACAAGCUUGCCAGGUUGGGGACUUGAGCACGGUAGAACUUCUACUCCAACAUGGAGCACAGGUGAACACCAAGGACGGAAUCGGGAGAACUCCUCUCCAUUUUUGCGUGGAGUGUGGAAGGAACUUAUGUGCAAAGCUACUUCUAUCCAGAGGAGCCAAUCCCGCUGCUGUUGAUAGAGCAGGGAAAACUCCAUUAGAAGUAGCUAUGGAGCUCGGGGCCGUGACAGACGAAGAGCUCUUCGUGAUGUUAUCAGAGUCGAGCCGUUGAUGCUUGGUGUGCCGGUGAUCCAACGGUGGAGAGUGUACAAGGUAUAUGCUUUUGAAAAUAUUCCCUCCCAGGGUGGCAUA